UUCCCCUGUUGUAUUUUCCUUUUCUUUUGAAUUGGCUGUUCAAAAAAUUUCUAGAGCCAUCAUGGAAAACCGUAUUGUUGAUGUGAAUGUGGAGCGGAUGCAGCGGGAGGAGAGAGAAGAGUUGGUUGAUGGAAAAGUUGAUUGGAAAGGAAGAAAAGCUUUGAAACACAAACAUGGGGGAAUCAAAGUUUCAUUGCUCGUACUUGUGGCAUUUGGUAUGGAGAACAUGGCAACUCUGUCACUAGCAGUGAACUUGGUGACAUACUUCAAUGGAAUAAUGCAUUAUGAACUAGCUGAUGCAGCUAACAUGGUAACCGAUUACAUGGGUGUUAAUUACAUGCUAUCCAUUGUGGUGGCUGUUCUUGCUGACACUUGGAUUGGAAGAUACAAAUCCGUCCUUAUUUCUGGAUUCUUUGAGUCUUUGGGACUUGCAUUGCUUACGAUACAGGCACGCAUGGGUAGCCUGAAGCCAGCGAUUUGCAACUUGUACGAGAAAGAUGCACAUUGUGAAAAGCUUAGUGGCAACCAAGAAGCUUUUCUCUACAUUGGCCUCUACUUGUUGGCCUUUGGCAGUUCCGGUUUGAAGGCUUCCUUGCCAUCACAUGGUGCCGAUCAGUUCGAUGAAAGAGACCCCAAAGAAGCAAUGCAAAUGUCCACCUUCUUCAAUGCUCUCUUCUUAGCACUUUGCAUUGGUGGUGCAAUCAGCUUAACGUUUAAUGUGUAUAUACAAGACAACAAUGGUUGGGACUGGGGCUUUGGAAUCUCCACUGUUUCUAUUGUUUUGGGAACCAUAAUCUUUGCCUUUGGAUUGCCACUAUACCGAAUUCAUCUUGCACAUACAUCAAACCCCAUCAUGGAGAUCAUACACGUCUAUGUUGCUGCAAUUCGCAACAGAAACCUUCCCCUUCCAGCAGAUCCUAUAGAACUAUACGAAAUUAAACAGGACAAGGAAGCUGCAGUAGAAAUAGAGUAUCUACCCCAUAGAGAUAUUUUCAGGUUUUUGGACAAAGCAGCUAUCCAAAGAAGAUCUGAUGUGCAACCUGAGAACCAAGAGACUCCAAAUCCGUGGAAAGUAUGCAGAGUGACACAAGUAGAAAAUGCAAAACUCAUUCUAAGCAUGCUCCCUAUAUUCUGCUGCACAAUCAUAAUGACCCUUUGCUUAGCACAACUCCAAACCUUCUCUAUCCAGCAAGGCUCCACCAUGGACCCUAGGAUCGCCAAGCAUUUCAAGAUCCCACCAGCAUCCAUACCAAUCAUCCCAGUUGCAUUCUUAAUCAUUUUUGUCCCUUUCUAUGAUCGCAUUUGUGUGCCUUUUCUACGUAAAUUCACUGGCAUUUCCACUGGCAUCACACACUUGCAGCGCAUAGGAGUAGGCCUAAUACUCUCUUCCAUCUCCAUGGCAAUUGCAGCAAUCAUAGAAGUCAAAAGAAAAGGAGUUGCAAGAGACAACAACAUGCUUGAUGCAUUGCCAGUAAAACAGCCAUUGCCUUUGAGCAUAUUCUGGCUCACUUUUCAGUAUUUUGUAUUUGGCAUAGCUGACAUGUUUACCUACGUGGGGUUACUUGAGUUUUUCUAUUCAGAGGCACCAAAAGGCCUCAAGUCCACAGCAACAUGCUUCCUUUGGUGCUCCAUGGCCCUUGGCUAUUUUCUAAGUUCCAUAAUGGUGAAAAUCGUGAAUAGUGCCACCAAGAAUACUGCAAGUGGAGGAUGGUUAGCAGGGAACAAUAUUAACAGAAACCACUUGAACCUGUUCUACUUGUUGCUUGCCAUAUUGAGCUUGAUCAACUUCUUUGUCUAUUUGUUUGUUUCAAAGAGGUACAAGUACAGGCCUCAACAACCUGCAGUUACCAGUGGCAAUUCAGAUGAUUGAAUACUGGGAAAUAAAGAUUUAGCUUGAUAUAAAACAAGUGAAAAAUUAGAGGCUUGUACUUUAUGUUGUUUGUCCAAUGUAUGUUAGAAGUAGAGGACUGUACAUUUCUUUUCCUUGUAAUGGCUUAAGUUAGAGAUAUAGUUUUCAAGAAAUCCAUGUGAAGUUUUUAUUUU